AUGUAUAAGUUCAAUGUACUCUUUCAACCAAUAUCUUCACUAACCCACGUGUCCAACUCGCCAGCAAAACUCCAAGAACGCGAAGAGUUCGUUCGUGAGUCUUGGGUGAAAGCCAUGGAAGCCCGACUUGUACGCGACGAGCUCGUGAAAUGUCAUCGGCUUGAGGGUGUUAACCACCUGGAGAACUGCAGAUGGCUCUCGGACAAAUAUAUUUCGAUGCUCAAAGAAAACAAGGUCAAGGGCUACAAAAAGAUUGAUUUCUAG